AUGUCUGAUUGGAAAAAGAAUGAUUUUCCAAUUGUUUCUGAUAUUCCAGUUUUUUUGACGGAUUUAAAUGAAAAACAACCAAAUAAUCCACGUGUAAGACCUUCAUAUGAAUCUAGGAAAAUAUAUAUGAAAACAGGAUUGAUUACAAAAGCAGAUGGUUCUGCUUAUCUUGAACAAGAACGAAUUAAAAUGGUGUCUGCAGUUUAUGGGCCUCAGCAACUAAAAAAUGCACCGUUUAGUUCCAGUGCAUCUCUUGUUUGUGAAGUAAAAUAUGCACCUUUUGCAUUAAAACAGAAGUAUGGUUGUAACCGAGAAAUAAUUGAAAAAGAUAUGUCUUUACAUCUUGAAGCGGCUAUAUCUCCAUCAAUUCAAUUAGAUAUUCUUCCUAAGUCCGUUAUCCAUAUCUACGUUUUUGUUCUUGAAGCUGAUGGAGAACUUUCUACGUUUGCAGCGGCAAUUACAUGUGCAUCUGCAGCGAUUGCAGAUGCAAAUAUAGAAUGUGUAGAUUUAGUUACAGGAGCUGCUGCAAUAAUAAAUAAAGACAAUUGUGUGAUUAUGGAUCCUACAGAUGAAGAUGAAAAUGAUAAAAUAUUUUCGUUAGUCAUUGGAUAUAUGGCAGUAAAAGAUGAGCUAACAGAGUUAUGGUCUUUUGGCUUAAAAUUAUUUAAUUCAACAGAUCAACAUGAGUCUGAUGAUAUCCUUUCUAAAUGUAUUUCUAUGGCAUCUGAUUACCGAUUUGUACUAAAUAACGUUAUUAUGCAAAAAAUGGAGGAACAGUUGAGUUUAAACGCACUUAUUCAAAAAUGA